ACGAGCCCCACUAAACGACAAAAACAAAACUGGUGGCUACGACGCAAGAAGUAUCUUCUUCAACUGUCACCAACAACAUCCCUUAGCUUCCAUUUCCAUGUGUACUCACCACCCAAUGGAACAUUCAUUUGGUUAGUCCCACCAGUCAUGAUCGCUUCCACCUCCAGCAUUGCAACUCACCCUUUCUGCUUUCUCUCAAAACCAGCCACACACACGACAGUAGGGUUUCUGUCUCUCACACUGAACUCUCGAGGUAUUGCUGUUGCACUUUCCUCGUCGUCAGCUAGGACCACCCAGAAGAUCACGUGCAACUUCAACGCCAAAGAUGGAAGCUUUCAGCAGCAAGAGGAAGAGGGUGACCGUGAAGUGCUAUGUGAGGUCCAAGUGGUUUCGUGGAGGGAACGCAGAGUGAAUGCCCAAAUCACAGUCGAUGCUGACACUGAAUCCGUUUGGGAUGCUCUCACUGAUUACGAGCGUCUCGCUGAUUUCAUCCCAAAUCUCGUAUGGAGUGGGAGAAUUCCUUGUCCAUACCCAGGAAGGAUAUGGUUAGAGCAAAGGGGAUUCCAAAGGGCUAUGUAUUGGCAUAUAGAAGCUCGUGUUGUCUUGGAUCUUCGAGAAGUCAUCAAUUCAGAAUGGGAUCGAGAACUGCACUUUUCCAUGGUUGAUGGAGACUUUAAGAAGUUUGAUGGCAAAUGGUCCGUAAAAUCUGGAACAAGGUCAUCAACUGCUAUUUUAUCGUAUGAAGUCAAUGUAAUACCAAGAUUGAAUUUCCCAGCUAUUUUUUUGGAAAGGAUUAUCAGAUCUGAUCUUCCUGUGAAUCUUCGAGCUUUGGCAUACAGAGCUGAAAAGAAUUUUGUGGGAUAUCAGAAACUUUCAGUGUCAGAAAAUCAGUUGCAUAAAACUUAUAUGGCCAUUAACGGGUCAUCUGUUAAAAAGAUAAAUGGUUCUUUGUGUGAAAGUGUUGAAAAUAUAAAUGGCUCUUUGUGUCAAAGUGAUAAGUUGCCUCCUGCAGAGAACAAAAAGGAAAUUGCCUCCUCUGUUUCCAGUUCGAUACUCACAUCUUCGAGUAAGGUGAGAAGCAACUGGGGUGUAUUUGGAAAGUUUUGCAGACUUGACAGGCCUCGGAUGGUAGAUGAAGUUCAUCUCCGCAGAUUUGAUGGCCUUAUGGAAAAUGGAGGUGUUCAUCGCUGUGUUGUUGCAAGCAUAACAGUUAAAGCUCCUGUUCGUGAAGUAUGGAAUAUUCUAACUGCCUAUGAGACUCUUCCUGAGAUAGUUCCAAAUCUAGCAAUCAGUAAGGUUGUAUCACGAGAUAACAAUAAAGUCCGUGUUCUUCAGGAAGGGUGUAAGGGCCUACUUUAUAUGGUGCUUCAUGCUCGUGUUGUGCUGGAGUUGUGUGAAUAUUUAGAACAGGAGAUCAGUUUUGAACAAGUUGAAGGGGACUUUGAUUCUUUCCGGGGAAAAUGGAUUUUUGAGCAACUAGGAAAUCAUCACACCUUGCUAAAGUACUCUGUGGAGUCAAAAAUGCGCAAGGAUACUUUCCUUUCAGAAGCCAUCAUGGAGGAGGUCAUUUAUGAAGAUCUCCCAUCAAACUUGUCUGCAAUAAGAGACUACAUUGAGAACAGGAAUGCAUUAAAAUCUGCAGAAUUUUGUGAGCAGAAUACAAAUUCAGGGCAGCAAAUUGUUUCAUCAAGCUUUCAAAAUGAUGACAGCCCUGGUUCAGCCGAGGAAGUUCCCAAUUGCGAUCAAUGUUCAUCUCAGCAAAGACCUAAAGUGCCAGGCUUACAGAGGAAUAUUGAAGUACUAAAAUCUGAACUCCUGCAAUUCAUUGCAGAACACGGACAGGAAGGAUUCAUGCCAAUGAGGAAGCAACUUCGUUUAAAUGGAAGAGUGGAUAUUGAGAAGGCUAUAACUCGCAUGGGUGGAUUCAGAAAGGUUGCAACCGUAUUGAACCUUUCUUUGGCUUACAAACACCGCAAACCAAAGGGUUACUGGGACAAUCUUGAAAAUUUACAGGAAGAGAUAAGUAGGUUUCAAAGGAGCUGGGGAAUAGACCCUUCAUUUAUGCCCAGUAGAAAGUCAUUUGAACGUGCAGGGCGGUACGAUAUUGCGCGUGCACUGGAAAAGUGGGGUGGACUACACGAGGUUUCUCGGCUUCUGUCGUUGAAGGUAAGACAAAGGAACAGACAUGAGAACCUUGUUAAGGAUACGAAGAGUGAUCAUGCAGAUGGUGAGAUGAAGACACCAUGUAUUUCUCAAGACACACAAAAGUGGCUUACAAAACUAAAACAGUUGGACAUAAAUUGGUUUGAGUAAAAGAGGAAAGCAUUGGUUUAACUGUGUA